CUCCAACUAUAAAAAACCCUAGUGCCCUAUUGAGCAGAAGACAGUCAGGGCACCCAGUGGAGACUCAGGAAGGAGCUCAGUUUGAGCUAUGCUAAGGUUGGCCUCUGCCGUGCAGCUGCUCCAAGUCCCCUUCAAAUGCUGGGUGGUUUCCAAGGCCCACGUGUCUGCAAAGCCAGCUAGAACUCCCACUUCCUCUAUGGAGCAGGCAGUGGGGAUUUCAGCCAUAUUCCUCAGCUUCCUGGUUCCUGCAGGCUGGAUCUUGUCCCAUCUGGAGAGCUAUAAGAAGAGCUCCAUAGCAUGAAGACCCCACAGCCCUAUGAGUCACAGCUCUGAAAGAUCACAUUAAACCUUUUUCCAUGUGC